AUGGCUGUUCCUCAACCUGGUGUCAUCAUAGACAUAAGUCAGAAGCCUCCUGAUGAUGGACCUUACACGUAUGGAGGUAAUGGUAACCAAGAUGUCCAGCUUGUGAGAACUGAGGAUCCUCCUGACUCUGGUUUCUUUAAGUUCACACAUAGCCCAUCCAGUGGAGGAUCUGGAGAUACUUUCCAUGUAGAAAAGGUUAUGUCUGGAGCUACUCCAGUUUCAGAGUUAAAACAGGCUGAAAAUAUUGAGCAUCUAGCAGUAUGGUAUUAUUCCGGAGAUAGACACCAUAAUCAACCUAUUCUCAUAGAAAUUGAGAGGAAAGAUACCGGCUAUGAUUAUCGUGAAACUAAGGGAAGUAGUACUGAAUGGAAUACUGCUGGAAGUUCUCAAUCUCAACUCAAAGGUGAAAAACUUGAGCAAAGACUGGAAUAUCUUAACUGCAAACAUAAUAACGCACUUACCGCAAAUCUCACCUUUCAGAAUUCUAGCACUCUUUCUGAUAAACAUCACGGUGGUAAGAAUAAGUACUGUUGCUAUUACCAUAAUCCUGGGGGUGUUAAUGACCUAGGAAAUAUCACUGUUGAGAAAGUAAAGAUUUAUUGCACAGGGAAUCAUAACAGUGCCGACUGCUACAAGCAUGAGGUUGAUACUUCUGAUGGAUCCACAGUUGCAAAGAUUAAGUACGAUAUUACAGAUGGUGGUGGAGUUAGAAAGCGCAUAAAGUCUGAUGGUCUUUCCUUUCCCGUCACAGGUUCUGUUACUGUUUAUGUACUAUACUGUGAUCGAAAUCCAGCUCUUAUUUAUGUUAAAGGAACUGGGCAAAGCAAAUGGUACAAGAAACCUAAUGGUAGUAGUAAUGAUAUUAGUGGAGAUGAAAACUGGACAGAUGUCACUCAUACUCUUGAAGGUGCAACACCUAAACAUUUCGGUAAACUUGAACGUAACCAAUGGAAUGCACUUGUGAAUGUACUGAGGACGUUUCCCGGAUGUAGAAGCUUGGGAACAUGUCCUCCACCUCCUAAACCUCCUCCUGCUCCUCUUGGACCUCAAGGACCUCCUUCUGGUGGUAGUACUAGUGGUAGUGUUGCUGAUGGACUUACUACUGAACCUACCCAAGCUCUUCCUUCUGGAGGUGCUAGAUCUGAAGAAGGGUCUAAAAAACUUCCUAGUGAUGUUGUUGCUGGAGGACAAGAAUCUGGUACUAGUCUACCUGCUAGUCCUCAAGCUUCUGUUGUUUCUGAAUCUGCUGCUCUUGCUGAUGUAGCCUCUGGUGGUAUUCUUGCUGGUUCUGCAGGGUCCGGAUUGACUGGUUUCUUGGGAUAUAGGUUCUACCAAAGCUUUAAAGGAAAUCCAUGGGUUGGGCAGAUUUAG